AUGCGUGGAACAUGGGCUGUGGCUGGUCCCGCUUUGUUCGCAGCAUGGAAAACUUUGGUCUUUCGAAGGACAUUCUCCAUGAGGCUAGUAUCAAAAACAGCAUUCGAAAAUCCAGGGGGAGCUGUUGGAGGGGAGGGGCAUGGCAAUGGCUACGAACAGGCAAGGAGGGCGACCCCACAAUACAGUAUUCACCCCGCUCAUCAACCUAUCUCUGAUCAUGAUCAGCUCGAUCCUGCGUAUACCCAUGUCUCUCAUUAUUCGCCAUAUUCUCAACAGCAACAAGCAUCGGGUCCAAAAGGAACGAAAUUUCAACAACCUGAUGCCGAGAUGAUAACUUUGACAUGA